AUGGCCACUGAAUUGAAGAAGGAGAUUAUCAAGGAGGGCAACAAGACCGACAAGCCUCAGAACGGCGACACUGUCACCAUGGAGUACACCGGCUGGCUCUUCGAAGAGGGAGAAGAGAAAAACCGUGGUAAACAGUUUGACAGCUCUGUCGGACGUGGUGACUUCGAGACGAAAAUUGGAGUUGGUAGAGUCAUCCAGGGCUGGGACCAAGGCGUGCCGACAAUGACCUUGGGCGAGAGAGCUGUUCUUACCAUCCCGGGUAAAAUGGCAUAUGGUGACAGAGGCUUCCCGGGUCUGAUUCCCCCGAAUGCUACACUGAUCUUCGAGGUCGAACUCAAGGGCAUCAACAACAAGCGUGCCUAG